GUCGCAACAUCUUGAGGAUCCAAGCUUAAUCUAAUCUUUGCUGCCAACCGUUAUUUCAGUUUAUUUAAUUGGAACAUUGGAUUCCAAAUCAUGUAUUGAUCCCCUGCAACGACGACGGGCUUAAAGAGUCUCGGAUUCCUAAUCAGAACUGAAGCCACUCAACCAUGGCUUCUAGCGUCUCUCAUCGCUACAGCUACAACAAUUUUUUGACGCAUUCACUUCACCAUAGCUCACACAACUUCUCUUCCUCCGUUUUCACUCACCGGAAUCUACGAAACCGUAAAGUUUCAGUUCGCUUUAUUAGGACUACUGUCAAAUCAUCUCUGAACAAAGUCCCGGGGGUUAAGCAGGACAAAUCAGCUCACGAUUCCGAAUCUAGACCCGAAUCUUCAUCGAGUUCGGAUUCCGGGGUCAACAAUCCGGAUCCGGAUCCUCCAUUACGGCUGUCUCUCUGGAAUUCGGCCUCUCCCAUAUUAGAGAGAUUUAAAGUUGAUGGACUAGUUAGGGAGAUUUUAUCAGUUGCAUUGCCUGCUGCACUGGCUCUGGCUUCUGACCCCAUUGCUUCGCUUAUUGAUACUGCAUUCGUUGGCCACUUGGGAUCGAUUGAAUUGGCAGCGGUUGGGGUUUCAGCAUCAGUGUUCAACCUUGUAUCAAAGUUAUUCAACAUUCCUCUCCUGAAUGUUACAACUUCUUUUGUAGCCGAAGAGCAGGCGUUACUGAAAACUGAUGGUGGUGCCAGUCAACAUGGAAAAAUUAUUCUUCCUUCAAUAUCAACUUCCUUAGCACUUGCUGCGGGCCUUGGCCUUGCAGAAGCUAUUGCGGUUUCUGUUGGCUCCAGUUUUCUGAUGGAUACAAUGGGUAUAACUGCUGAUUCGCCAAUGCGCACACCUGCUGAGCAAUUUCUUACCAUGAGGGCAUUUGGUGCUCCAGCAGUUGUAAUAGCACUUGCCACUCAGGGAACCUUCCGUGGGUUCAAGGACACAAAGACUCCUCUAUAUGCAGUUGGCAAGUACCGGUAACUUGCUGAAUGCAAUAUUGGAUCCAAUUUUGAUAUUUUUCUGUGGUUUUGGCAUAAGUGGUGCUGCAAUUGCUACUGUGAUAUCUGAGUAUGUCUACAAUGUGGUACUUGAUUGCUUCCAUCCUGCUCUUCAAGUUAAAUGAACGAGUCAGUCUUAUUGUUCCAGAUAUUGAUGGGGGAAGAGUUGUUCGAUAUUUGAAAUCUGGUGCUCUACUUACUGCGAGAACAUUAGCAGUUUUUGCAACCACUACACUAGCAACAUCACUGGCUGCUAGAGAGGGUCCAGUAUCUAUGGCUGGUCAUCAGAUUUGUUUCCAAGUUUGGUUGGCAUUGUCUAUGCUUACUGAUGCUUUAGCUCUGGCAGGCCAAGCUUUCCUUGCCAGUGAUUAUUCUCAAGGUAACUAUAGCAGAGCACGUGAAGUGGUCUACAAAGUCUUGCAGAUUGGUAUGGUAACCGGAGUGGGCUUAGGUGUGAGCUUGCUCCUGUGGUUUGGAACAUUGUCCAGCUUAUUCAGCUCAGACUAGGGCUGGGACUUAGAACCGAAAACCGGGAAAACCGAUCCGAACCGAACCGAAAUUUCCGGUUCGGUUCGGUUCCUAUAAUUUUGGACUUCACUUUUUUUCGGUUCGGUUCCUAUAGUCUUUCAUCGGUUCAGUUCCGGUUCGGUUCCAGUUCGGUUCCGGUUCCUGGCCAGGAACCGAACUUCUCAUACACUGCAUGAGUAGUCUUCAUUUGAGGUGUUUCCGGGUUGAAUUUUUCGAUGAAAUUUUGUGAGGUUGUUUUCUAUUAACUAAAGAUUAUAUCCACCAAAUUUGAGCUUAAAAUGCAAUUGGGAAGUUAGUUGAAUAAAUUAUUGAAAAACAUUACGCCAAAAUAUAUGAAAAAACGCAAUUUUUUCAAUAUUUUAUUUAACUCACUUCCCGAUUGAAUUUUAAGCUGCAUUUUGGUAUAUGUAAUCUACAUUUCAUGUAGAACAUGCUCACAAAACUUUAUCAAAAAAAUCUUCACGGAAGUACCUCAAAUGAAGGCGGUCAGACAGCCUUUCGGGCAAAAAGUUCUUGUCAAAAAUAUUAUUCUUGCAUAAUAUACCUUAUAUAUUGUGGACCACGCCAAUCCGAGUAGUUAUCAUUUUAAUACUUUAGUCCAUUUAUAUAUAUAUUUUUUGUUUGUAAUUGAAUUUGUUAUUGGAGUUCACUACAAAAAAGAAUUAACAUUCUGUUGAUUACGUUGUUUAUUACUACGUAGUUUUUACUUAUUGUGCAUUACUAGAAGAAGAAUAUUAUUUUGGGGUUGAACUACCUGCUAUUGGAUGUGUGCUCUGGGACUAUUGAACCUUUUUGCUUGACAGUUGAUGCCUAUUUUAAAUCGAGAUUUUUGUUAUGUUUAAAUUUAAUGUUGUACUUGGAUAUGUCUUUGGAUUUUUGAACAUUGAGAUAUCAUGCAUUUAUAAUGUAAUGGUCUUAAUUUCGUGAUUUAAUAUUUGAAUUUUUUUAUGUAACUGAAGUGUGUUCAUUUCAGGAGGAUAGUAAAUUUUUGUUAGGAACCGAAAAAAGAACCGAACCGAACCGAAUUUAACUAGAACCGAACCGAAUUUAACAACUACAUUUUUAACUAGAACCGAACCGAAUUUAACGCCUACGAUUUUUAUACGGUUCCAUCGAAUUUUAACAAGAACCGAACCGAUCCCAGGCCUAGCUCAGACGAUGAUGUCUUACAAAUCGCCAAAUAUGGUACUUUGGUAAGGAUGAACUUUUUUUAGGACAAUAUGGGUGGGAUUAAUAGAUAAAUGAGUUGUACAUUAGUAUAUACUAAUUUGUCAUUUUUUAUCUUUUAUUUUACAAAUUUCAAGUUGAGGCGGUAUAUUCUUAAAAUGACAAUUAAAGCAGUUCUUUUAUUUUUCUGACAAAUUGCCUAGUUUGUUGCAGGAUCUCAACCAGUGAAUGCUAUUUCUUUUUUAAGACUAUAUUACGGGGGGGUUAAAAUUAAGAGAAUCAUAUCUGGUUUAAGUUAUAGAUUGAGUAUAUACUAAUUUAUCAUUUGUUUUGAAAAUUUAUAGAUGACACAAUAUAUUCUUACAAUAAAUAUUAACACGUUUUUUUUUAAAAUUUUGCCUAGUUUGUUGCUGGAUCUCAACCAGUGAAUGCUAUUGCUUUUGUUUUUGAUGGACUAUAUUACGGGGUCUCUGACUUCGAAUUUGCUGCUUACUCAACGUUAGUGAUUGGAUUGAUCUCCUCCUCUUUCUUAUUGGUGGCUGUUCCUUUCUUUGGUCUUGCUGGAGUUUGGGCAGGGUUGUUUCUCCUCAUGGCUUUGCGUGUGGUAGCAGGAUGCCUAAGACUAGGAACAAGAACUGGACCCUGGAAAUUGCUAUGGCCUGAAAUCCAGAAGGACACUGCUGAUGUAGCGGAUGGGUUGUCAGUGCAAAAAAAACCCAGAACAUGAAUAGUCCUUGGUAUAUAUAUGUAUGCACACAUAUAUAGAAAAUGCAAAGAUCUCAGGUAUAACCUACGCGCUACAAACCUAACCAGCAUUGGGUCGAGCUAAAAUUGAACCUGCUAAUUUUACAUGUCUUUUUAGAUAUUAGUGAUGCCUGUGUAGAGAAUUGAAAAUAAAAGCAUUUCCACAAAGAAAGCUUCCAACUUGUUUAUCCAGUAGCUGUGUGAUAUAAUAAUGUUCAUGUUAGUGAUGCACAAAGUCUUCAUGACUACGGGCUAAGAUGUGAUAGAGAGGGAAUGUUUUUCUGUGAUAAAUCAGGUAAUUUAUCAUGCCCCCAAACCCCCAGCAAUUUUUCUUCUGGGCUCGAUAUGAUUGUAUUUAGUUUUACUUUGUAAUAAAGCAAGCAAAAUGAAUGUUGCGACAACACAUCAAAACAUAAGUAAUCAACAAUGUCUUUAUCUACUUUUCCCCCCUCUUAACUAGCACACAAUAAUCUCAAGAAAUCAUUGUAGAGUAGUGUAUUGGAUCUAAUCUACCUACUGCGCUCCAGCAAAUAAAGUCAGUCUCCAUCCUGUUUCGCUUUUGAAUCAUCAUCUCUAUCAAACAGCUCAAGGUUUGGAGCCAUGCUAAAACUCUCUUGCAACAGCAAAAGGCUCUGCAAAUAGUCAAGUUGGGUUUGCAACUCCGGUUUCGGCUCAGCUGAAUCUCUAUUCUCAUAUUGGCUAACCCAGGAGUGGUCUGAACAGUUCAAAUCCAGCAUUUUUUCAUCUUCAAACUCUUUUAUAGAAUCUAUCAUUUGGGGAACAAAAAACCUUGAUUCAUUGUCUUCAAUCGUGCAAAUUGAGGAAGAACCAGAAUCUUGUCUUGUCAAAACAUAUGACUCCUCUGCACUGAAUGGUUCUGACCCCUCAUCAACUGAACAAACUGCGGAACCAGAAUCAUAUCUGUCCUGUACUCCUACACCAUCUGGGAAGUUGAGUAUCGCAUCCGGGCCAUACAUUACCCUGGCAGCCAUAUCAUAAGCAAGAGCACCUUCAAUAGCUGUGUCAAAGGUACCUAACCAAUAGCGCCGUGCUUUGCCUCCACAUUUAUCAGCGACACCACAAGAAGACGGCUCCCGGAUUUCUGCAACCCACUUUCCCCAAGUCCUCUGCCUGACACCCCUGAACUGGAAAUUCGAAUUAUCUGGUCCACCUCUACCAUGAAUGCAGUCCAUGCUCGGUGAUCCCUGAGAAGGAGAAGGAGAAGCAGCAGCAGCCUUCCUCUUCUUCCUAGCCACUACCACACCAGUGGCAGCCUGGUUGGUGUUAUUUACAGCUUUCCAUCUCAUUAACAUCUCCUCUACUGGUUCAUACCUGCUGCGUCUUUUCCUCAUCUUACCUGCAAAUUUUCAACUGUAAGAUUCUAUGGAUCUUCUUAUUCAGCUAUUAGAGGGUGCCCUCUAUCUCCUUGAAAGAUUCGUUAUAGUUGCUGUGGCAAGCCUUGUGGUGAACUCCUCGCCGCUGCGUAAGCUUAGGAAGUUGCUGCAAUGUUUUCUGUUAUCAAAGAUUCAAAGAAUUGGCUUUUUAUACUAAGUAAAUGAAUAAUAAUGGUACUUGGUGAUCACGGAUGAGGUUGAGUUCCUGGCUGCAUAUGGAGAAGGCGUAUUGGCGUCCCAUUUAAGUAAUAACUCUAAGAACGAGCUUCGAUGGGAUAUUACUACUUAAUAUACGGAGUAUGGUACAAGAAUUGUAAACCUUGGGCGCCAAGGAAACGACUUACCCCCCAGCCCCCCCCCCCCCCCCCCCCCAAAAAAAAAAAAAAAAAAAAAUAUAUAUAACAUAAUGCCCCAAAUUUAGAGGAUAUAUUUUAAUUUGUACUGCUUCCCUCCAACAACUUAAAUUUGUCUUUUUAGUACAUCUAUAACAUCACAAUUUUCAUAAAUGAUCUCAUUAUAUUAUACUAUGUAUAUCAAUCAAAACCACUUCUCAAAAUAUUCAUAGCUUUAUUUAUAUAUUGCUUAAAUAGUCGUGUAAAUUUUCAAUUAGAAGCUUAAGGUGUGAUGAAUGUGCUAUAUUAGGACUCUUAAUAUGCAGAGGUUGAAAAAUUCAAUUUACCCGUAAUAUUUAUGUAUACGAAUUUCUAAUCAAUAUUUAAAACGACACGAACAAUUCUCAUAGACGAUAAUUUCGAUAAUUGUUCAUCAUCUCCAAUUUAAUUUUUAAAGCGAGUCUCCAUCUUACUUUCCGGAUCUUAGAAGAAUUGAAUGAGGGUUUUUACUUGGAUAUUACUAAUUUUGAACCAAUUACCCAAAAAGUGACAACUUUUAAAAAGGAGCAAAAAAGUGAUCAAGAAGGUCAUAUAUGUGCAAUUACAAAACAUGACGUAACUACAAAAAUUUUAUGUCAUUGUGUUGGGUUUUUUUUGUAACUACAGCCACCACCCAUGUCACUGCAACCACCACCAGUGUCACUGCAACCACCGUCCUUUCACUGUAGACAUUGCCCAUGUCACUUUAGUCAUCGUCCAUGUCACUUUAGCCACAACUCAUAUCACUUUAGCCACCGCUCAUGUCACUUUAGCCACCGCACAUGUCACUUUAACCACAACUCGUGUCACUAUAGUC